GGCUGGUGACCGGUCUGCGUUGAUUGAAUGGUUUUGAUCCAAACACGCUCACAAGUCAGACGGAUCCUGGAUGUUGAGCAGGAUUACCGCUCAGCGGGAGAGCUGCUGCAGCUUUGUCAUCAAAACUACUCACGUUUUAUUUUGUAGGCGGGGGGUGUUUGUUAUCUCCUGCAGCCUCAUGCACAGCUUCUGCGAAACCAUCCUCUUUUCUUCUUCUUCUUCUUCUUCUCUCCAGAGGGAUCGGACCGCAGACACAGGGAAUUAAAGGCCCGCUGGUUCACUGCAACAGGUCGAGGAGGAGCUGAUAUUUAUAUAUUUAUAUUGAAAUGAUAAUAAAGAUGAAUGUGAUGUGAAUGAAGCGGACAGAGGAGACACACGGACCGCAGAGGAGGAGGAUGCGUUAAUGGUUUCGGCUGCAGUCUGGGUGCGACAGAGCGGAAAACUGCCAGCAUGAUGCCGAUGUUCCUCACCGUGUACCUCAGCAACAACGACCAGCACUUCAGCGAGGUUCCCAUCAUGCCGGAGACGCUGUGCAGAGAUGUGGUGGAGCUCUGCAAGGAGCCGGGCGAGGCCGACUGCUACCUGGCCGAGACGUGGAGAGGCUCGGAACAUGUCGUUGGAGAAGGGGAGCGGAUGUUGGAGGUGUUGCAGCGAUGGGGGCAGCAGAGGGGGGAGGUUCGCUACCUCCUGCGUCACCAGAGAGCUCCAGGAAGAGAGUCGGGUGGAUCCAGAGCUGCAGAUCAGAUGAUGAAGAGGAACCAGGUGAAAGCGUCUGUGGAGAGAUGUCUGGAGAACGGGGUCUCGGCUCCUCGUCUGGACGUGACACUGAGCGACCUGCAGGAUCUGGCAACUAGACAGCAGCAGCAGAUUAAUGCACAGCAGCAGCUGCUGGCCUCCAAGGAGCAGCGGCUGCGCUACCUGAAGCUGCAGGAUCAGCGGCAGCAGCAGCCGGAGACGUCUGACCAGGAGCGACUGCAGCAGCUCAGAGAGAACGCACACAACCAGGAGGCCAAGCUGCGACGGGUCCGGGCCCUCAGGGGCCAGGUGGAGCAGAAACGCCUCAGCAACAGCAAGCUAGUGGAGGAGAUCGAGCAGAUGACCGGUCUGUUCCAGCAGAAGCAGAGAGAGAUGCUGGUCGCCGUGUCGAGGGUGGAGGAGCUGAGCGACCAGCUGGAGGUGCUGAGGAGCAACAGACUGGAGGCUCUUCUUCCUCCUCCUCCUCCUCCUCAUCCUCUCCAUCACCACCACAACACCUCCUCCACAGCUGAGCUGGAGCGCCUCUAUAAAGACCUGCAGUUGAGGAACAAGUUGAACCAGGACCAGAGCGGCAGGCUGCAGCAGCAGAGAGACAGCCUGAACAAGAGGAACCUGGAGGUGGUGUCGAUGGACCGACGGCUGGCCGAGCUCCGCCAGCGACUCUGGAAGAAGAAGGCUGCCCUGCAGCAGAAAGAGAACCUGCCGGCGGCUUCAGACGGAGUGGCCCCUCAGCACGGCGUGGGCUCCAGAGUGGCGGCGGUGGGGCCGUACAUCCAGUCGUCCUCGUCCACGACAAGCUCUCAGGGGCCUCCUGUCCUGGCUCGCCACGAGGUUCUGGUGAAGCCCGCGUACCCGGACGGCACCGCCACACUGCCCAUGCCCGACUCGUCCCUGAAGCCGCCUCCCAGACCAGCCAAACCCGCCUCAGGUUUUGCCACAACAAAAAUAGGCAAACUCUCUGACUGGAGCAGCUCGUUUUCUGAGUCCAGUGGAGGUUACAGCCACGCCUCCACCCUGCCUCGCAUGUCCAGCCUCAGCGGCCACAACUUAGACGGUAAGACCCUCACAGAUAGGAAGGCCCUCUCUGGGUCUGACAUCCCGCCCCCUGUCCCCUCACGGACCAAUCACAUCACUGAGAAGCUGCUCAGGGACAAUCAGGCUUCUGGUAAAGGUCCGCCUCCAGUUCCCAGUAAGCCCAAACCGUUCUCCUCGUCCGGCCCGCCGACCUUCUCCAAGCCCCCCUACAGCACCGGGACCUUCCCCGGUAAGGUGCGACCGGUCGGGGGCCACCUCAGGGCCGCGGGAGUCCUCUCCAGCCGCAGCCACACCCUCCCUCUGCCCAACAAGCAGGAGAGUCCGCCGGCCGCCGCCGUGCGGCCGUACACCCCCGAGCUCUCGGAGGCCACCCCCCCUGUGCUGCAGAAGCCUCAGACUCUGGCGGCUUCGUCCAUCUACUCCAUGUACACCCAGCAGGGGAAGGCCUACCUGCCGAGCGGCCAGGGCACGCUGCCCCGCAGCCAGCCCAGAGUGUACGGGAAACCAGCUCGCGGGGGUCAGCAGACCGUCGCCUCAGACGUCAUGAACUCUGGGCAUUGUGUGUCCGAAGGGAGCGAGGCUGACAACGGCGUCGGGGCCGAGACGGCAGAGCGCAGCACCCCGCGGCCGCUGAGCCCCACCAAGCUCCUCCCCUUCCUGUCCAACCCUCACAGGAACCCCAGCGACGCCGACCUGGAGGCCCUGCGCCGCCGGCUGCACCACGCCCCGCGGCCCCUGAAGAAACGCAGCUCCAUCACGGAGCCCGAGGGCCCGGCGGGUCCCAACAUCCAGAAGCUGCUCUACCAGAAAACCACUCUGGCUGCAAUGGAAACCAUCCCGAUGGAGACGGUCAGUCCGGCGGGGACGUACGUCCAGCCUCACGAGGACGUGACAGGCGGUGCCGAUGUGAUGUUCAGAGUCGAUGACAACCAGCCGCUCGCUGAGAGCCCGGAGGACGGUCUGACUCCGCCCUCUCUGCCCCCCCGUGCACCCAUCCCUGACCCCGCCACCUGCCACUCCCUGCCCCCCCCUCUGGAGGACAAGGAAGAGGUUUGUCCGUCCGCCUCGGUCCGCCUGGGCUUUUUUGCCGAUGAGUUCCCCCCCUACCCGCCUCCACCUUACCCCACCUGUGAGGAGGGGGAUCAGGGAGAUGACUCCUUCAACCUGCAGCCGCCGGAGGUCACGGGACAGGUGACGGUGCCCCCGGGUAAGAAGUCGAUCCUCCGUAAAGCCGACUCGGAGCGGAUCGACCACAGCAUGCGGGUCAAAUUCAACCCUCUGGCCCUGCUGCUGGACUCGUCUCUGGAGGGCGAGUACGACCUCGUCCAGAGGGUCAUCUACGACGUGGACGACCCCAGCUCGCCAAACGACGAGGGCAUCACGGCGCUGCACAACGCCGUCUGCGCAGGCCACACGGAGAUCGUCAAGUUUCUGGUUCAGUUCGGGGUCAACGCCAACGCUGCCGACAGCGACGGCUGGACGCCCCUCCACUGCGCCGCCUCCUGUAACAAUGUACAGGUCUGCAAGUUCCUGGUGGAGUCGGGGGCGGCGGUGUUCGCCACCACGUACAGCGACAUGCAGACGGCCGCCGACAAGUGUGAGGAGAUGGAAGAGGGCUACGCCCAAUGCUCCCAGUUCCUCUACGGCGUUCAGGAGAAGAUGGGCGUGAUGAACCGCGGCGUGGUGUACGCCCUGUGGGACUACGAGCCUCAGAGCGACGACGAGCUCGGCUUCAGCGAGGGCGACUGCAUGACGGUGCUGCGGCGCGACAACGAGGUGGAGACGGACUGGUGGUGGGCGAGAUGUGCAGACCGGGAGGGCUACAUCCCCCGCAACCUGCUGGGGCUCUAUCUGAGGAUCAAGCUGCGGCAGAGGAGCCUGGCUUAACCGCCGACUGACAAAAGACCAAAAUGUUACGAGAAGGAGUUUAAUCCUCUGGACUCGAGGUUGUUGUAAAGAGAGAGACGAUGUUUUCUGAACUGCUGUUGGACCUCGGCACAAAGAAUGUCAUCAUGAGCUCAUUGUCAUUGCUGGAGGGACAGAAGAAGAAACAAUAGUUCAUCAGCAUCCUGUGCUAAAAUGAACAGAUUAUCACUUUACCAAAAUUCAUCGGCAGAUAUUUGACUUUUGCCAGCGACUCACACAUCUGCUGCCCUGAGGCAUCGGGGGGGGGGGGCCUAAAAACAAAAUGUGAAAAUGAUUUUGGGUUCAUGUUGUAAUUUUUUUUUAAGAUUUCAUUGUAUUUGAAUGAAUAGCAGAGAGAAAGAGAGUCGACGACGUGCGACAAAUGUCCCAACGGUUGGUUGGUUUUGUCAUUAUUAAAGUAUUUAAAGGUACAGUCCCGUUUUGUUACAGCAUCCACUAGCUUUCAGAAUCAUAACGCAUUUAGGAAGUGUUUCACCAAAUAUGGAGUUCAUUUUUAUGUUCUUCAAUAAGUAAGGAUGUUGUACGGAGCCCAAAGUCCCAAAAUACAGUUUUUUUUUCUCCCCUCACAAGUUUGUGACUUGAGGGACCAAAACAACAAGUUAGUGGUUUGUGGGAAUAAAAUAUGAACUUGUGCAAACUAGUGACGUCUGUAAACUGGACGAUAAAUUGUACAAGCAAGAUAUAAAAAAAUAUCUUUUGUUUCUUUGGAGCUCUGUAGUGCAGGUGAUUUUUCACCAGGUAAUUAAAAAAAUAAUUUGUAGCCGUUUUUUGUUGUGCACUUUUGCCGAUUUGAUCAAAUCCAGCUGAGAGCCUCAGAAGGGCUCGAUGUAAACAGGCUGCCAUUAGUUAAGGUUAGUUUGAUAUUUAUGUCGUUAAUAAACACAUACAGGAACUCUGUGAGAAGGAAAAGCACUCGUUUAAGAGUAGACAACGGUUUGGAUUUAUUUUUGGGUUUUUUAAUAGUUAUAAAAGUUUAUUUACAAGAGUCCAUGUUCUGCUACAAAGUGCAGUUUGUGUCAUUUUUUUAAAAGAAAGUCAGAAGCAGAUUUUUUUUUAAAUAAAAUAAAAAUUAAAAAAAGACAGCUAUAGUGAAAAUUUUAAUUUUAAUCAUUCAUCUGUCUUUUUUGUGUCGACAUGAAGGACUUAAAUUACAAACUAAACGUGUAAUCUCAGUAUUGUUGUAAUACACUGGACCAGUAGCUCAAAUCAACUCCAACGCCGAUUUAAAUAAGAGGAUGCAAGUGGUGUUUUUUAUUUUUUUAUUAUUUAGCCAGGCUAACAGUUUCCACCCGCUCCCUGUCUUUGUGCUAAGCUAAGUUAAAAACCUGCUGGACCUCUCUGUGUUCUGGACACACGGAUAUGAAACUGAUUUCUUCAUCUCUGACUCUGGCGAAGACGGAGAACGAGAAGAUUGUUUUUAAAAUAAAAAGGUAAAAUAAAUCAAACCUUCUGUCCUCAAUGUUCCAUUUUCACUUCCUGCAAGAAACAUGAAUGAUAUAAAGUAAGCGUUUCAGUCAUGUUUCAACAGUUUAUUUAUUAGU